AAGGGAGGGAUCCGAGCACGGAAGUGGUGGUAGCGUCUGGGGAGCAAGUGGAGGCGGUGACCGCGACGUCUCACAAGGGAACUCUGCGCCGAGCGGUGGGAACUUGCAGAAAGGCAAGCGCCUUAUAGGACCUACAUGAGGUGCAGGAGUGGCUGGGCCUCACUCCUCCACCUCAGCGAGCACCCAGACUGAUGGCGAUAGUGAUGGCGGCAGUUACUUGGACAGCGCCAGUUAAACUGCGCUCGGAGAGGUACAUGAAAGUGCCCAGAAGAAACUUCCUUCCAGAAAAACUGAAAAAGCAGUAUUUAUAACACUAGAAUUUUUGGAUAAUUUAUUAAAAUGGCAGAAAAUAGUGAAAGUAAUAGUAAAAAUUUAGAUGUCAGACCCAAAACUAGUCGGAGUAGAAGUGCUGACAGAAAGGACGGUUAUGUGUGGAGUGGAAAGAAAUUAUCUUGGUCAAAAAAGAGUGAAAGUUGUUCAGAUGCUGAAACAGUAAAUGCUCUAGAAAAAACUGAAGUUCCUUUACGGAGCCAAGAAAGAAAGCACAGCUGUUCGUCCAUCGAGUUGGAUUUAGAUCAUUCCUGUGGGCAUAGAUUUUUAGGCCGAUCUCUUAAACAGAAACUGCAAGAUGCUGUGGGGCAGUGUUUUCCAAUAAAGAACUGUAGUAGUCGGCACUCUUCAGGGCUUCCAUCUAAAAGAAAAAUUCAUAUCAGUGAACUCAUGUUAGAUAAGUGUCCUUUCCCACCUCGAUCAGAUUUAGCCUUUAGGUGGCAUUUUAUUAAACGACACACUGCUCCUAUUAAUCCCAAAUCAGAUGAAUUGGUAAGCACAGACUUGUCUCAGAGUGAAAUGAGGGAUGGUCAGCUACAACAAAGGAGAGACAUGGAAGAACAGGUGAACUGUUUUUCACAUCCCGAUGUUCAGCCCUGUGUCAUCACCACCAACAAUGCUUCAUGUAGAGGUGGUCUUAUGACUGACUCUGUGAUGAACCUGAUUUCAAACAACAGUAUAGAAGAUAGCGAUAUGGAUUCAGAUGAUGAAAUUAUAACACUUUGCACAAGUUCCAGAAAAAGAAACAAACCCAAAUGGGAGAUGGAUGAAGAAAUCCUGCAAUUGGAAACAACUCCUAAGUACCACACCCAGAUUGACUAUGUCCACUGUCUUGUACCAGACCUUCUUCAGAUCAAUAACAAUCCAUGUUACUGGGGAGUUAUGGAUAAAUAUGCAGCUGAAGCUCUACUAGAAGGAAAACCAGAGGGUACUUUUUUACUUCGAGACUCUGCACAGGAAGACUAUUUAUUUUCUGUUAGUUUUAGGCGUUACAGUCGUUCUCUUCAUGCUAGAAUUGAACAGUGGAAUCACAACUUUAGUUUUGAUGCACAUGAUCCUUGUGUCUUCCAGUCUCCUGACAUUACUGGGCUCCUAGAACAUUAUAAGGACCCAAGUGCCUGUAUGUUCUUUGAACCACUUUUAUCCACUCCUUUAAUUCGGACUUUCCCCUUUUCCCUGCAGCAUAUAUGCAGAACAGUUAUUUGUAACUGUACAACUUACGAUGGCAUUGAUGCCCUUCCAAUUCCUUCUUCUAUGAAAUUAUAUCUGAAGGAAUAUCACUAUAAAUCAAAAGUUAGAGUACUCAGGAUUGGUGCAUCAGAACAACAAUGUUAGGUAAAGAGUAGGAACAUGGGAAUUUAAAUAUUUUAUUUUUCUUAAUGCUACUUUGAAUUUUUCUACAAGGGCAGUUAGAAUCCAGAAUAAACCUCUGCCCUAAAUUUUGCUUCCAGAUCAGUUUAUUUUUCUUAUGAUACACUAAUUGUUAAAGGUUACACACUAAGGUUUACUGGAUAUUUUUUGACCAGGUGUUUGGUUUUUGUUUUUAUCAUACAGAGUGUAUACUUAAUUUUUUUUCUUUUCAUUAUAAUUUGCAUAUGAUCCAGAGAUAUUUGAAAUUUUGUAGGCAUUGUAAAGACAGUUAAAAAUCUGUACUUCAUGAUUUCCUUUAAAAAUAAUCCUGUGUCCUUUCCUACAUGUAAAAUGCUUUGUUAACCUAUGCUUUUGGCAUUGCUAUACAUAAAAUACGGUUUCCUCAUCCCCCUUUUCAGAGUUGUUUUAAAAUUCUUCAGUAAAGCUAAGUAUUGUAAUUCACAAUCCAUAUUAAUGUAAUUGACUUCAGUAAUUUACUAAUAGGGAUGUUAAAGUUAACAAAAAGGCUUAAAAUCAAAUUUGAUAUGUUUUUAUAUAAAAUAUUAACUAUAAAGCAGGAUUACUAAAUUUGAUCAGUAACAACUAAAUGAGAACAUGAUGUUUUUGGAGGUGAAUUUAUUAUUCUACAGUAUGGCAUGGUCUUUUGUUAUGAAUAGAACUCUUGAAACCUGGAAGAGUUACCAUCUUCAGAACCUAAAUAUCGUUCCUUUCUCACUGGGAGCUUUAAAAAUAAUGAUAAUACUGUUAGCAAUUAGUAGUUACUAAAGCAAUUGUGCGGUUUUUCUGUAUUUACUAAUGAACUGUUGCUCCUACUUAGCUCUUGUAUAGAAACUGUAAGCCUGUUAUUUGAGGAAAUGCCGCAUUUCAUAAGUAGCCACAAAUUUUCAUUGAUCCCUAUGUAGUUUUUCAUCAUUUUAAAUUGAGUUUGAGUAAAUCUUCAAAAGUAAACAUAGAGCUUGAUAUUUAGAAAGCUUAAUAUUGUUUUUAACCUUCAGGUUUCAAGUGAUAUUUCUUAUUUUCAGAGUUAACAUGUCUUUAUGGUGGCUUCAAAAAGAGGAAAACAUUUUGAGAGCUACAUGACUUAUGCCAUACUGAACAGUACUGGGCAACAGGUUUAAUAUUUUAAAUUUACUAUCCCAAGAACACGAAAGCAUUUUUAGAAACAUAAUUAUUUCAGUAUAAGA